AACUGCCGAACGCUUCCCGAGAGUUCUUAAUCAAUUUGGGAGGAGGUCAAAAAUAGAUCCUGUAAGAUGGCAGAUAGGAAUCCUUCUCCUCCCCGUUUAUCCGCGGAGGAAAUUGAGCUGAUACAAUACGACAACAUCGGAGAAACAGUUUUCAGCAAAAAAUGGGUGCUGGGAACUCUUAUGAAGCUGGUUCAAUCUCUUCAGUCCGCUACGGAUGAUUCCGAAGAGGGCGAAAAUGACGAACGUGGUUCAUCGCGCGAAGGAGAAGACAAUUCAUCACACGAGCUUAGAGAUGAUUUUGAAAAAGAGCUAUGUGAACUUUGGGAUAUGUCAAUGAACGGUGAUGUAGCAGCAUUUUUGGAAGAAAUGGACACUACUGAAGUCCUUUUAGAUGCUGUAUUGAAGUCACAGAAUGCAAGAGUUACAGAAAUUUGUGUUGGAAUUCUGGCGAACAUGGCUUGCAGUCAUGAGGUUUGUGUCAAGAUGUUGAGGAAUAAAGAUCUAAUUGAUAUUGUUACUGUUCUGCUUGAUGAACCAGAUGCUCCAGUCUUGGUGGAGGUAACAAGGCUGAUUCAUGUUUGUUUGAGUAAUAGUGAGGUUGAAUCACAGUGGAUGGCAGUUUUGGAGACAGAAACAGUCUUUAAGAAUUUUAUGUACAUCUUGGAGAACUCUUUAAAUGUGGAUCUGCUUAUCAACUGUUCCCAAGUGGUAGAUAAGGUGUUGGAUACAAGUGAUGAAAUGUUGGGAGCCUGGGCUGACUUACCUUUGGUUACUGCUGUUUGUGAAGCAAUGAAACAGAUGCAUAUGAGGUCAGAACAGCUCCAUAUAGUGGAGACUCUUCUUCACAUUCUUCAAAUGAUAUCCACUGUGGAACAAGGUGUCCAGGGAUUAGUGAGUUGUGUAUCCGUUGUUCCACUUCUGUGUCAUUUUAUUGCUGAGUGUGGGCACGAUGAAGGAGGCAUCAUUGUUGGUCGUGAAGUGUCACUUACUGAAUCCUUCUCAGUGUUGAAUGUUGUCCUUGUAGCAGAUCCUAUUACUGUGUUGACAGCCAUGGAAAAAGAUCCAAGAAUUAUGAAGGUACUUCUGGGUCUUCUAGGAUAUUCCUGCAAGAUUCAUCGUAAAAGAUGCAAGAGCAGUCUGAACAGGCUUUCAUUCACAGAAACUGAUGAACACAAGUUUGAAAGAAGCUUUAGCAAAGAAGAAAGUACCGAAGAUAAUGAAAAAACCAAUGUAGACAAAAUGAAGUCUACAGAUGCUGAUUCAGAACUCUUAACCAGUAAAGAACAUGCAGAACAUAGAGAAAGUGCAGGGUUCAGUGAAAAUGCAGAAAAAAGUGGUAAUCAGGCCAACAAUCAUGAAGGUAGACUUGUGGAUCAAGUAGAGGAAACCAUCAGGAGUAAGGGUACAGAUGAAGCUCACAGUUCUUUACAAGAAAAAAUGAAAGAUCAAAAUGAUGGAAUUAGUGAUCAAGUCAAUAUUACUGAUAUCCACCAUCAAUACUUCACAGUGGCUACUAGCUUUUUAAAAGAUGUCAUUUCCGAAUCUGCUAAGGCUCCAAAGUGUGUUUCAAGCAUGUUAGCACCUCAUGAAACCCUUCUCCAGAAGAUAGUUCAUUAUGCAAGCAGAAUAACGGUCUACAACACACUGGUGUGCGAGUUGGUGGAAUCAACACUCAGCACAUCUGAAUUGUCUUCUCUGCACAAGAAACUGUUGGAGAGACUGUAUACACCAAAGGUCUGUUUAUAGAGGAAACAAGAUGAAAUUAAAUUGCUAAGAAUGAAUCACUUUGUCGCUCGUGUACAUUCUCUUUUCUUAAUUACUUUUGAAAGGAAGUACCCAAAGUCAAUUAGUAGGGAGACCCUCUCACCAUUUUCUUGCCUCCUAAUUUGUGCCUUUGCUAUUUGCUUCAACUCUCCCACAUUUAGGAGUGAUCAAUGUGAAAAUUCUCCAGACAGUAUUAAUACAACACAACAUAAGCGGUGAAAGUAAAAGUGUGAAUAUCAUUAAGUGUGGUACGUGGUUUUGAAUUAUUAGCUAGUUCUCAAAACUAACGAAAGAAAUAAAUGAUGAUCCAUUAGUCAUACAGCAGAAUUCAAAAUCUAGGCUCUCCACACAGAAGAGCACACAAGAGUGAUGCACUGUAAAUAAGCAUGGACAUUAAGCAUGCAAUCUUUACUUAUCCUUAAUUAUUAAGUGUAUAAUUCAUUUCAGCUACAUAUUUGUGUAAAUAAAGUGUACUGUUACAACCA